AUGGCGGCAAAAGACGGAGAGAACUGUAAACAGUGCAAAAGAUGGACCAAAUAUCGCUGCAUUCGCUGCAAAGUAGCCAUUUGCAACUUAUGUAGCGAGCCAGAGAUUGAUGAAAGCGUGGACGGGUGGAUAGGUGGGAAGAAUGUCGGCUACUGUUUUGAGUGCGAAACUGUAAGGCCCGUAACCGAGUUGCUGAUCGCAAGUAGGCACAGUUAUGAAGAAGUUGAAGAAAAGAUAGAGCGGCAGAUGAAGUCUACAGUGAAAAGGAAAGGUAAUCUUCUUUCGCUAAUAAAAGUGAUAAUCAGCAAGAAGCUGUCACAAACAAGAAAUGUAAACACCCGAUGUAGUUAUGUUUGCAGUUUAUCUCAUGCGUGAUUCAUUCUCUUUUCCAACACAACAAAAUCAUCGCCGAAGGAAUUCCAGCAUUCAAGGUUUCCUUUGUUGCUUUAAAGUAAGCAUAGGUGCAAGUUAGGUGAUAAAAAUUGAUCAACAGAAAGGUAUAAUUAAAAAAUUUGAAACUGCAAAUUGCUUGUGUUAAUGUUUAUAUUUAUCCCUCUGUGGAAGGUCAAUAAUAGUGGCCAUGUUGUGGUUCAAUUUUUUCCUUGGUUUGAAUUUUAUUUUCCUUUGUUUUGGGGUAUGGUAAUGUAUGAUAAUGAGUUUGAACCAAAGGAAAGUAAAAUUUAAACCAAGAAUAAAAUUGAACCACAACAGCCAUAAUGUUAACUUGGAUUACAGUGACAUGAAUUACUUGUUUGGCAUGUGCCCUGGAAGCAGUCAUGUGCCAUUUCUUAUUAGAGAAGUGUACAUUUUUUGUACAUCUGGUAUCACUGCCAGCAUCCAGGGAACAACAACUUUGAAUCCAUUUACUUGUCAUCACUUUGGUUUGUGAUUUUCCCACUUAAAUCGGAAACUUAUGUUGUUAUUUGGGUUUCAAAUUUAUUUUUCUUUGUUUCCAGCUCAUUAUCAUACAUUACCAUACACAAAGACAAAAGAAAAGAAAAUCUAAACCAAUGAUAAAAUGGUAACACAACAUAUAUUUCAGUCUCAGUUAAUGAGCGAUCUAGUUCAUCUACACUGGAUUCUGGUAGAAAACUUUCAGUGUUUAAUACUAGAAACGUGAGUGUCUCGCAGGACCUCAUGAAGCUCAGGGAAACGCAUGGCGCUGAAGAUUUCAGUUGAAGACACAAAUUAGUCGUUGAAUGUCUUUAAUAUUUUUAUUGUAUGCUUAUUGUAUGCUUAUUGCUUAGCACAGAUUCAUUAGCCCUAUAUUUAUGAAUCUAUUUUGAAAGGAUUUCUGACUGCGUAUUGUCAUUUGUAUGGCAUUGUUCCAUCAACAAUGUUCACCAUGUAUAAAAGGUGGUAGGGAUUGAUACAAAUUUUAAAAUAAAAAAAAAAAUGUGAAGAGAGACUUUGGUCAGAUAAAAAAAGAAAAAAUAGCAAAGCUAGAAUUUGGUGGAUUUGAUCCAAGUACCUCUAGCUUGCAACGUUCUAGAGUUCUAACUGCUAGGCCACAAAGGCUGCAUGUAUGCCUCUCCUUUGCCUGUGUGUGAUCCCCUAGCUUGAUAGAGUCUUAGCACCUUCGAUUCGUGAGGGUUUAAAUUUAAGCAGGGUUCCUUUUGAAUGGUUUUAAUUUGAAUAGAUGGUUUUUACAAUAAUCACAGCAAUAAAAAAUAUGACCUCUAGGCAGACAAAUACAAGUGCAACUUUUGAAGCAAUUUUUUUUGGUUUUCAUGGGUUUACAUUAAGACAUGUGAGAAUUUAGUGCUGCAAUAUUUAAAACUUUUGUUCAUUUUCCUCAGUGCUGUUGAUAGUGAUGAUGAUGAAGAUGGUGAGGAUGAAAGUCUCAGCCGGGGCCUGUUUGAAAAAAAGAAGAAAAGCCAAAAAUGUUCUAAGAAUAAAAGUGGAAGGAAGGCCAAAUGGAGUCAAAGUCUAUUAGGGGAUUUGGUGGACAUUGUAAUAUCUUAUGAUUAUUACAAGAAUAAAUUCAUACUGACCAACACUAAAAACCAGAAAAAUGGAGAAAUAUACAAAAAGGUUCUGGUCGAACUUAAGGAAAGGGCUGCUGUGAGAAAUGAAGAAGUUCCAUUUGAUCAUGUUCAGUUGCGAACAAAGUUCAAGAAAGCCAUUGCUGAGUGCAAGAAGACUUCUCUCACCAUGAAGACUAGCACAGGAAUAAAGAGAUUUAUUGACGAAAAAGGCUAUGGUCCAUGGUUUAACAGCCUAUUUGCUAUUGCCAAAACUCGGGAUGCAUGCAGACCUGAACUUGCAGUAGAGUCUUCAUUUGUUCGUACACAAUCACCAUGUUUACCAGAUUCAGAAGCUAGUGCUGCUGAAGCAUCACCUGACACAUCCUCAUCUGAAAGCAAAGAGAGAGUUGUGGCUACAAGGAGAAGGAAGAGAAAGACAGAUGAGUCUUUACAUGAAGUAAUUGACCUAAUCAAGACUGCCAUCAACAAUGAUCCGGUGAAAGAAGUCCUUUCGUACAUGAGUGAUCAGGCUCAAAAGUCUCGUGAACAUGAACGUAACAUGCUACAGAUGCUUCUGCAAGCUAUGCCCACACAGCAUGUUCAACCAACCCUACAAGAAAGAGCUACAGCAGCGGCCAACUUACAUGGACUAAUUGGAAGUGACAGUAGGCAGUAUGGUAAUCAGAUGUCAAGUUCUGUUCAUCCUGGAGACUUAAACUACCAAAAUUUUUGGUUUUCUUGAAGUUUCCACCAACUAUGGUCUUGUUGAGUUUAUUGACUUUUAAAUGAAGGGUUGAAAGUGAAGCAGGUGUACACUUAUGUAAUUACUUGAUGUUGAAAUGCUAAUUAACCCUUUAAGCCCUAGGAGCGAUCAGCAUCAAAUGUCUCCUUAUCACAGCAAUGCUUUGUAAAACAGAGUGGUCAUGACAAUUAAGGACAUGAUCACACAAGAUGGGCUUGCUUGAUAUUUUAUCAACUUCUCCACAUUCUAUAGGAAAUAAAUAGGGGUAAUAAAUGAGGAUUUAGAUUUUGAUCUUAGGGUUUAAAGAGAUAAUUGUAUAUAAAAUUGAUACGAAUCUGCUGAAUUAUGGUGUGGACAUGUAUGUAGUCUUCAAUUUCACUCAAAAAUAUUGGCUAAAAAUUCCCUAAUUUGGGCAGUGCUCAAUUAUUAUAAUAAGUCUAUUACAUAUUCCUGUUUCAUUUUUAGCCCUUGAAUUGUACCACUAGAGUGAUGCAACUAAUGUUGUACCCGUGAAAUACAGGGACUCUUGGCAUUCAUGGAAAAUUCUCAGGCGCCAGAAAGCCUUUUUGCUUGUGACUCUAUAUUUUACUAGCAUUUGCAACAGGGAAAAACAACAUGUUUAAAAGUGUCUUUACCCAGGAUCUUGCUUGUUCAGAAACAGAAGUAUCUAAUCACUAUAGUUUGUCUUUGUGCAACUGACUGACUUUCCCAUGACAGUGCUGGUAAAAAUUAGUUGGAUGGUUUGGAGAAAAUUUUGCUAAAAAGCAGAGGCGCAAGUCCUUGAUAAAUGUUUUCUAGUUGAUGUUUGCUUUGUACCUGCAAAGACAGUUUCUUCUGAUGUUCACUUAAACUACGAUAACAGUUGUGUUAACAAAUUUAUUCUUAAUAUUGUAGAAGUUGUAUUACCUACAGACUUGACACCCGCUAACUACUACUUAAAGUACAUUGUACAAUGCAAGUCCAAGCUACUGACUUAA